UUCAUCAUUUUUUUUCUUUAAAAUUGAAAGUGGUAAUAAGUUUUAUCAAAAUUUAUUAUGAAUAUUCAUUUUGGACUUAAUUUGUCAAAAAAUAAGAAUAUUUCUCAUAAGAAUUUAAGAAGAAAUGUAAAUGCCUUUGUUUCAGAAGAAAAUGAGGAGAAUAAUGAUAAAUCUUUUGAAAAUUCAACAAAAAUGGUAAAUAAAGAAUUAAGUUUAUAUUAUAUAAAUUCAAGCAAGAAUGAAAAAAAUGAAGAAGAAAUUGAUUCUUCUAUUUAUGCAUAUGAUGAGAUAUAUGAUGAAAUGAAGGAAGCACAAAAAAAGAGGAGAACAGAAACGGAUGAGGAUAAAGAGCAAAGAAAACCAAAAUAUAUGGAUAAAUUUUUUGAAUUAGCAUCUGUAAGAGAACGAGAUAGAUUAAGAGCUCAGGAAAAAAUGCUUCAAAUAGAAAGACAAGCAGAAGGCGAUAUGUAUAAAGACAAAGAGAAAUUUGUUACGGAAGCAUACAAAAAGCAACAAGAAGAAUUAAGUCGUCUUGAAGAAGAAGAAAACAGAAAAGAAGCGUUAAUGAGAAAAAAAUCUAAGGGGAUAGAGUCUUUUUAUCUUAAUAUGCUCAAUCAAGAAGAAGAAUAUCAUAAUCAAGUCAUCGAAGCAAUCUCUAAAUCUCAUAAAGUUUUAAAAACUGAUGAUGUUUCAAAAGAAAAGACAUUGGAAGAAAUAGCAAAAGAGUUAAAUGAAAAAGGUAUUAAUGUAACUAUGAAUGAUGAUGGAGAAGUUGUAGACAAGAGGCAACUUUUAUCUGCUGGACUUAAUAUAGUUAAAAAAUCUACAAAAGUAUCACAAGAAUAUCUAAAGAUGCGAAAAAAUACUCAAAAUCCCAAAUUUGUUUCAAAGGCUCAUGAAAGAGAGAAAAGAGAAAAAGAGAUAUUUUUAAUUCAAGAACAGAUUAAACAAAUGGAAAAAGAAAGAGAGGAAGAAGAACGUAGGAAAUAUGAGGAAUUGGUUAUUAAAAGUCAAAAAAAAAGAUCAGCGGAAGAAAUUAAUAAGAUAAAAGAAAGAUAUUUAAAAAGAAAAGCAGAAUCCUUACAAGACUUUUAAAUACAAUUAUAAUUUGAUAAAUUUAAUAUAUGGCUUGAUAUAUAACUAAAUUAAUAGAUAUUUCUGUGGAAGACUUUACUAUGAAAAUACUUUAACAUAUAAUAUCCAAUUUAGAAUCAAUCCUGUAACAAUAAAUCCUAAAUAAGUUUGAGUCAAUUUUAAUGCAAUUUCUUUUGAUCUAAAUAUUAUGUCUUGAUACAUCAUUUUAGACUUUUUAUGAAAUAAGUUAUAAAGACAAUGAUUAAUAUAUUUCUUGUUAUAAAUAUUGUCAUCUCGAUAGAAUGCAGCAAGAAAUACUAAUGAAAACAUAUUUAAGAUACUAAAAAGCAUAAUAAUAGCAUUAAUAUCAGUAUUCUAAAAAUAUUAGUAUAUUUCUAAUUGUUUUAUUAAACAACAGUUAGCUCUUUCUUUUUAUUGAAAUUUAAUAUAAUAUGUA